UUUUCAGUUAAAUUUAAUAACAUUAGGUUUUACGAGUACCUAGGUUUGCUGCUACAAGGAAACUAAUUAUAUAAGUGUGUUUUGAGUAAAAUAUUGAUAGCUUAGUACAAAAUAAAUACAUUUGCCAAGUCUGAUCAAAAUAUAUCCAUAAACAAGCAAACUACAAGAUUUGGCAAUAUACUCCUUAAGGAAUAACAUAUGGGAAUUUUAAAUUUACAAUUUUUUUAAUUUUCUCCGUUACUAAUAACCGAAAAAAAAUACUUUUCCAUACUAAAUUAUUUAAUUUUUAAGCCCUUUAAAAAGGUCUAAAGAUAAAUUGGGAAAUUUUGUGUUUUGAGGGUCAAAAGUGAGAAAAGCCAAUUUUUACCCCAUAAAACCCCCCGUAAAGCCCCGUUCCCAUGGUCCGAUCAUGCUGGUUCGCGAACUCAUUCAAUUUCAUCCCGCCUUACACCUUACAGUACAAUGCUAGGAUAUUUACUAGGCCUAGCUGAUUUUUAAAAACAAGAAAGAUACAGGAAGAUCUUUGUUUUCUUGUUGCCAAGACUGACUGAUAAGGGUUAUGAAUGAGUCCAAUGCUAUAAAUUCUCAACCAUAGUCUUUAAAUGUAAAUAUAGAGACAGCAUGAUCAUGUCGGAUCAACAAGAGGAUACAUUGAACCAAGUUGAUGCAUUUUUAAUGGGCGCAGAAGAUAAUAAUUUUGACAUGGAAUGCUCUGAUGAAGAAUUCAGACCGAAAGAUGGAGUGCCUUGGGAACCUUUACCAGAUGAAAUAGCAGAAUUAUUUGAUAGAAUAGACAGCUGCGUACCCUUUGAUAUAGAAUGGACCACUCCUGGAAAACGUCCUCCUACCCCAUCCCCUAAGUUUGACUCUCAAAACGAGGAAGACAAUGUCGAUGAACAUAGGCCUGAGGAGAAAUCUGAUUUUGAUUUUCAAGAUGAAAUGUCCAAUUUGAAGUUAUCAGCGAAAGCUAUCAGGCCUGUGGGAUCUGAGGCUGGACCAAGGGGAAGUGCUAAGAAAAAAACAGUUAGUCUCGAUGCAAUCUUAUCAAACAUGGCUAGGCACAGAAAACUUGAUAUUAUGGAAGAUGACGAUGAAGACCCUUUAUACCCUAGACUUGCUUUGGUAAACAAUAUAUUUAGAGACUGACUGUUAACGUUUCAGUGUACUUGUUGUGUUAUUUACUUUUCCAAAGACUUAAGAAGUUAUUACUAAAAGUUAUCCUAUAGCCUAGUUUAUUUUAGUAGGCCUACUGUUUUUUCAAAAUAUGGCUUAACAUUCAUAUGGACUAAGGCAAUCGUGACGAUCCGUGACAAGUUUGAUUCUUGGGAACUCUUCCCUUCUUCUCUUAACAUUGAAUGUGUCUUUGCGGCCUUGAAGCUCAAGAACUCUUUAUUUAUCCUGGCUGAUAUUGGCUGGAGUAUAUUGAAUUUGCAUCUAUUCUGGAGGAACUGUCAGUUACAGUGCAAGACAUAAAUUCGUUUCUGGUUAUUGGGGAUUUCAACUUACCGAAUGUAGACUGGUCCAGUCCUUCCAGCCACCUCAAUACAUCAGCCCAAUGUAUUUGUGAUAUUAUGAAUUUUCUCAAUCUAAAGCAGUACAACAAUGUCUACAAUGAUCGUGGAGUUCUUCUUGAUCUGGUCUUCUCUUCUAUACAUUUGAAUGUCCACAACGCCAUAGACCCUCUUCUUCAUGCUGAAAGUCACCAUCCUGCUUUGGAGAUGGACCUGGAUAUCAA